UGUACACACACACACACACGUAUACACAUACAGACACGCAUGCACACAGAUACAUGUACACGCACAUCUACAUGCACACACACAGACACAUGUACACACACAGACACAUGUACAAUUGUACAUGCAUACACACAAAAAGUUGCAGUACUUCGUUGUUCACUGACAGAUCCGGGUACUGCACUCUAGGGGAAGGCAGAGAGCACAGCACACACUCCUUGCUUUGCUUUCACUACACUCAGCUAUUGAGCAGUCUGAUGGCUCCCAGUGCCAAUGACAGAUCCGGCCUGAGCUCCGAGCCUGCUCAGCAAGACGGCCCUGGGGGACACACUCGCCCCCCACCAUAAGUGGAAAUUUCAAGCCCUGACAGAGCAUGCCUCUGGAAA